AUGUCAAACAUCCUCAAAAGAAAAAACGAAGAGGUCGAACCGCUGUCCGCGGAAGGUGACCAAAUCAACAAAAGAGUCGCUCUUGAUAGCGAGCAGUUGGAGGAGUCCGAAAAAAAAGAAGAACAGUCCCAAACGGCGCCUACUCUCAGUGACAAUGUUUCCUCUGACAAAGACACUUCUACUUCCUCUGAAGACGUGACCAGUAAAAAAGAGGUGCCUCCUUCUGCCGCUGCCUGGACCGAUAACACGCUAAUUUCCUCUGAGCCUGCGGAAUACGACCUGGCCAGUUCGGCACUGAAACCUGUCUACCGGGAGAAAGAAGAUGCUACCACCGUUUCUCUUCGCAUGUAUUGUCCUGUCAAGGAAGCCGGUGUUAUUGUGGGCAAAAAGGGCGAGACAAUUACUCAUCUUCGAGAGAAGGCUAACGUGAGAAUCAAUGUCAGCGAAAACUUAAAGAACGUCCCGGAAAGAAUUGUCUCUGUCAAGGGCUCGGCUGAGAAUGUGGCCAGAGCGUUUGGUCUUAUCACUAGGGUCAUCUUAGAGGAGCCCGAGGACGAGCCUGCCUCUAUCAUGAGUAAACAGUAUAACUUGAGACUCUUAAUCCCACACCCGUUGGUGGGAUACGUCAUUGGCAAAUCUGGAAGCAAAUUCAGAGAAAUUGAGGAGAACUCGGCCGCCAAGCUCAAGGCUGCUGAACAGCCCUUGCCUUACUCUACCGACCGUGUCCUUGCGGUCAACGGUGUGGGUGAUGCUAUCCACAUCGCCGUCUACUAUAUCUCUCAGGUGCUUUUGGAACAUAAGGAUGUCCUCAAAAAGCACAAAAUUGUGCUUUACAACCCUGCAAACUAUCGCCACCAGAUGCCCACAGCAAACCCUCUCCAAAACAUGGCUAUAGCACCUCAACAACCCCCUCAGAUGCCUUUCAUGGGUGCUCCUCAAAACAUGUCGCCAUUGCAAGGAUUGACAGGCAUUCCUGGUGUCACUGAUCCAAAGGCCGCCUACCAACAGACGGCCAAACCUUACAACUUCCAGAUGAUGUUCCAACCCUCUGUUAGACCUGAAUUCAGCUCUCCCCAGCCUCAACCACACAUGUCUCAACCACAAAUGGCUGCUCCUCCUAUGAAUAUUCCCCCUCAGAACUCUUUCACCGAUGAACACGGCAACACCAUUGUUGGCGACGUGAUUACCCAAAUGCCAACUCAAAUCAGUCAAACUCCUGAGAAAUACAACGAGGAUGUCUACGUUGCCAACUCCAACAUCGGUUCUGUUAUCGGCAAAGGAGGCAACAACAUUAAGCAGAUCAGAGAGACCAGUGGCUGUACCUACGUUAAAAUUGAGCCCGACCAGAACCAGACUUUACUUCUAGGUGGCGGCAAGGGUGUAACUAACGUGAGAAAGUUAACCUUGACGGGCUCAUACAACGCCAUUCAAACGGCUAUUUUCCUUAUAAAUCAGCGCAUUAGUGCUGACAAGGAGAGAAACGGUGUUCAGUAA